AUGCCACCGAAAAAAGCAGCACCCAAGAAAGGAGGAGAAAAAGAGGAGGCUCCAAAAAAAGAGGCCAAGGGAGGCACUGCAGUGAAAGUUCGACAUAUUUUAUGCGAAAAGCAGAGUAAAGCUCUAGAAGCCAUAGAGAAAUUGAAAUCUGGUAUGAAAUUCCAUGAAGUUGCUGCUCAAUACAGUGAAGACAAAGCGCGGUCCGGUGGCGAUCUUGGCUGGAUGACCCGAGGUUCAAUGGUAGGGCCGUUCCAAGAUGCGGCUUUCGAUUUACCGAAAAGCACAUGUGACAAGCCAAUCUACACCGAUCCACCGAUUAAAACCAAGUUUGGAUAUCAUGUGAUUAUGGUUGAGGGGAAGAAAUGA